CAAAUUUUGAUAAACCAGUCACACAUAGUGAUGAGAAGUUUUCUCCUAAUGAUGGUCUCGCAUUUGCAGACCAGCAUGAUAGACCUGGUUUUAUUAAACUUAAUCCAGUUCAUUUUCAAUUGAUGAUAGAAAAUGCUGAUUCGCGUUUGCGUGGUUUUUUUGACCAAAUGAUUAAGGCUUUAAUCCCUAAUGAAAGAUCCCCCUAUAAAAAACAAGAAGCAAAAAAAACAGUAGUUAGUUUUUGUUACAUGAUGGCAAAUGUAAGAAAUAUGUUCGUUAAUAGUUUUGAACUAGAGGUUGGCUUGUAUCUUUUAGCAUCCGGAAUAUCUUCCGCAGCUAUUGAUACAUUGCAUAACUUAGGCGUUUCAUGGACUGAGUUUGAAGGUCUAAAAGUAAACUUUAAUAAGAUAGAAUUGCUAACAGUUCAUGUUUACGAUGAUGCAAUAAAUGAACGAAAGGAGGAACGAUCUACUAAAGAUAUACGACUAAUUGGAUUUCAAGAAAAAAAUUUACAUUCAAUGCAUGAUUAUAUUGACGCGCUUCAAAUGGUAUUAAAAAUUAAUGAGAAUACUAGGCAUUUACACAAUUAUGUAGCACCUAUCGUAGCAGACUAG